AUGCUUUCUUUACAACUCACGCUGUCAUCCCAAUUUUCUGCCUGCUGUUCUAGGAAAAGUAGUGUCUUCACUUCUCACGGUAUCUCUCUCAUUUUUGCCUGCUGUUCCAGUAAGAGUAGUGUCUUCACUUCUCACGGUAUCCCUCUCAUUUUUGCCUGCUGUUCCAGUAAGAGUAGUGUCUUCACUUCUCACGGUAUCUCUCUCAUUUUUGCCUGCUGUCCCAGUAAGAGUAGUGUCUUCACUUCUCACGGUAUCUCUCUCAUUUUUGCCUGCUGUUCCAGUAAGUGUAGUGUCUUCACUUCUCACGGUAUCUCUCUCAUUUUUGCCUGCUGUUCCAGUAAGAGUAGUGUCUUCACUUCUCACGGUAUCUCUCUAAUUUUUGCCUGCUGUUCCAGUAAAAGUAGUGUCUUCACUUCUCACGGUAUCUCUCUCAUUUUUGCCUGCUGUUCCAUAAUAUUAGUGUCUUUACUUUUUUCGGUGUCAUUCCCAUUCUCUGCCUACUGUUUUAGUAACAAUAGUGUCUUCACUUCUGACAGUGACUUCCUCUUUUUCUGUCUGCUCUUUUAUAACAGUAGUGUCUUCUCUUCCCACGGUGUCUUUCUCUUUGUUUGUCCGCUAUUACUAGUAAUAGUAGUGUCUUUACUUCUCACGGUGUCAUCCCCUUUUUUUGUCUGCUGUCUUAGUAAUAGUACUCUCUUCACAUCUGACGUUGUUUUUCCCAUUUUUUGUGCUGUUGUAGAUAUUGACCGUAAUCAGAACUGGCCCGGGUACGAGGGAGAUUUGGGGCAUGAUAGAGGAGGCCCAGUCGUCCCUAAAAAUGGUGCCUACCUUCUAGACCCUGAAAACAAUGAUGCAAACCAGAAACUUAAAGGGAGGGUCCCCGUUUUCGUUCACCCAUCCCUUUAUAGAGCCUUAAAACUCACCUACCCUUCGGACAUCGGCGGUUUUUCUCAGGAUGAUACUGUCGAGAAUGAGAUGGCGUCGGGAUCCAUGGGACGAGCUGUCGGUGUCCUCACCCCAGCCAUGUUCUAUCCUGAAGGGCAACCCUAA